AUGCGGCUGGCGAAGUCCCUUCCGAUUUUCGCCCUCCUAGUGGAACACCUAUUGACUCGUACGAAGGGGAAAACAUGCCGCGCUGGCAUCUCCACGACCGGCCGUUUGAGAGGAUGGAAAUUCCUCAGAAGGGAAGUAAAGGGGAAAGAACCCUGUCCACCACCACCCAGUGAUGUGGCAACAUUUUCACAAAAAAGAAGUACAUAUGAUAGGAAAAAAGUGAAGAAGAGAAAACAAUACUACUUUCUUACAAACAUCAUAGGUGCGGAUAAAAUAAAAGGGAAAAGACGAGAGCAGCACAAAAACCGUCAUCCCUUCCGUUGUAACGACUAUGACGCAAAGGACAUCGUCAUUUUGGAGGGACUGGAAGCAGUGAGGAAGAGACCUGGCAUGUACAUCGGAAAUACAGACGUGAAAGGGCUACACCAAAUAUUGUUUGAAAUUAUUGACAACUCGGUAGACGAAUAUAAUAACUUCGAGUGCAAUGAAAUUAAAAUUGUUAUUCACGAAGAUGAGAGUGUUACGAUAGAAGAUAAUGGAAGGGGCAUACCCUGUGACAUUCAUGAGAAGACAAAAAAGUCGGCUCUAGAAACGGUUCUGACUGUUUUGCAUUCCGGGGCGAAGUUUGUCGAUGACGAAGCUGCUGAGGAGUUGGCGGAGAGAACCUCCGUGGCAAGCCUGAGCGGUGAAGUCGGGAAAGACGAACGGGGUGCAAAGGGGGAGCAGAAGGGAAAGGCAAAGCUGGUGGAAAAGUUGGACGAAAAAAUUUCCAAAAAAAAAAACGAAAAGGAACCAUCCGAAAAAAGUGCAUCCCAAAUGUACAGAUUUUCGUCCGGUCUCCACGGAGUCGGACUGUCCGUUGCCAACGCCCUGAGCAGUUUCAUGAAAGUAAAUGUUUUUAGAAGUGGCAAAAUUCACAGCAUCGAAUUGGAAAAGGGAAAAGUAGCAACCCCUCUAAGUGUUCGGGACUGCCCAGUUAGCAAGAGAGGUACACAGAUACAUUACAAGCCGGACCACAGCAUAUUUAAGAACAGCAUUAGGCAUAAUGCGGAGCUGAUAAAAAAUAGGAUCCACCAACUGGCCUACCUGAAUGAAAGGCUCACUUUCUACUUUUACGAUGAAAGGGCGGCUAAGAAAGCUGCGGCGUCAGUUCCAAUCUCCAAGGUGAACGAAGCGGAUGCGGUGGACGCGUCGGAUGAGAAAAGGACCCUUCCUGUAGACGCAGCGGAUCACAACAAUAUGGAUUUCUACCCCUACGAAGUGAUAAAGCACGAGGGGGGGCUAAACGAGUACAUGGAAAGCUUAACGAAAAAUAAAGCAAGCCUGUUCAAAGACAGUAAUAAAAUUAUUAGCAUCUCCUGUCACCAGAAAAAUGUUCAUAUAGAUUUAAGACUGAAAUGGACACAAGGUCAGUACCAUGAGUAUAUCGUCAGCUUUGUGAAUAAUGUAAACACGACGGAUGGAGGGACCCACGUAGAUGCGAUGAAGUAUGCCAUCAGCAGGUGUGUAAAUUUUAAUAUAAAAAAAAACGAGGCAACAAAAAAUUUUGUGAACAUACCAGGAGAGUACAUAAGGGAAGGAAUGACAGCCAUUUUGUCGAUCAAAAUGAAUAACCCAGAAUUUGAAGGGCAGACAAAAACUAAACUCGGCUCCCACUUUUUAAAACCCAUUUUGGAAAGUGCCAUUUUUGAGAAAUUGUCUGAAAUUUUCGAUUUCGAACCGAAUUUGCUUAACACAAUUUAUUUGAAGGCAUUACAGGCUAAGGUAAGUGAUGAGGAAGCCAAGGCAGCCAGAGAUUUAAUCAGGUCUAAAAAUAAUCAGUAUUAUUCGACCAUAUUGCCUGGAAAAUUAGUUGACUGCAUAAGUGACGACAUAAAUCGUAAUGAAAUUUUCAUCGUCGAGGGGGAUAGUGCUGCAGGAAGUGCUAAACAAGCCAGGAAUAGAGAAAUACAGGCGAUUCUCCCUCUGAAGGGAAAAAUACUUAACGUAGAGAAAAUUAAAAAUAAUAAAAGGAUAUUUGAAAACUCGGAAUUGAAAUCUCUAAUAACGGCCAUCGGGUUGAGUGUCAGUUGUGAGAACAGCAAAAUGGCCAAGGGGAAAAAUAUGCUCAAUAAUAAAAAAAAAGAUCUCAAAAAAAAAUAUGAUUUAAAAAAUUGCAAGAAGGAAAAUGGACAAGUUAACAACGCAAUGGUGAAUAAAAAGAAAACGCCCAUUUUUGAUACCCCCCUAAGGUAUGGAAAAAUUAUCAUCAUGACGGAUGCCGACGUGGAUGGAGAACACAUACGAAUACUCCUCCUAACCUUUCUAUACAGAUUUCAAAAAAAUAUUAUACAAAAUGGAAAUGUCUUUGUUGCCUGUCCACCUUUGUACAAAGUCACAUACAACCGAUUUUUUGACAGCACUAUAAAGGAAAGAGUAAUGAAGCAGUUCAAUGUGAGUACAAGGAAUUCUAAGACACUUAUCCAUACCUACUCAGAUGAUGAGUUAAAUGUCCUACUGGGACUGUUGGAGAAGGAUAGGUCUUCUCACGCUGAACAGAGGAGCGUCGAUUUGGGGAAGGGGGCGCUUACCCGUCGGGGUAACAUCCCAAGUGACGACCAUCUUAACGGUUUGACCAGUUUGGACAAUUUGAACUUUCGAUACAACAGCACCGACGGGGUGACGCAGAAGGAGGGUCUCAACACGGACAACACAAAUGCCGCGCAGACUACGGACACCCCGAUUAGCACUUCCCCCCUGAGUGGUAACGCAUUUUUUACCUUCUCCAAACGGUACGAAAUACAACGGUUUAAGGGACUCGGGGAGAUGAUGGCUGACCAACUGUGGAGCACCACCAUGGAUCCGAGCGUACGCAAGCUGAUUAGGGUAACUGUUAACGACGCCAUGCGGGCCAACAACUUGAUCUUCUCCCUCAUGGGGGAGGACUCCAAGUUGCGCAAAAGCUUCAUUCUGGAGAAUUCGCCUGCGCCUGGGUGA